CACCGCCCGCUCGGGCCGAGGGGCGCGGGGGAGCCGGGAGGAGCGGGGGCGCCAGCCGCCUGAUUGACAGCCCGAAACCCGAUCUUGGGAAAGAGACGCGGAGCCAAUGGGAGGCAGCGAUCCAUCAGUUUGGCUUGGAGGCCCCUGGAGGAGAAGUAGAGGAAAAACCACCGAAUUGAGCUCUUGUCAGAGGCGCUUUCGGCUUCCAAGGGGGGAAGUAGCGGGGCCAUAAUUAAUGUGUGUUUUUUUUAAAUUAAAUUUGGAGGGGACUGUGUGCAGCGGUUCGCCCAGCGUGGCCUUCAGCCUAAAAGCCAUUUUGUUCCCCUCUAGGUUGAUAGAAGUCCAGAUCCCGAGGAAAUCUGCAGCUAAAUGCUCCAAAUAUAAAACACUGGGCUGAGAUCUGCGAAGAGCAGCAGGAUGGAUGGAUUUUAUGACCAGCAAGUGCCUUACAUGGUCACCAAUAGUCAGCGUGGGAGAAAUUGUCACGAGAAACCAACCAAUGUCAGGAAAAGAAAAUUCAUUAACAGAGAUCUGGCUCAUGAUUCAGAAGAACUCUUUCAAGACCUAAGUCAAUUACAGGAAACAUGGCUUGCAGAAGCUCAGGUACCUGACAAUGAUGAGCAGUUUGUGCCAGACUAUCAGGCUGAAAGUUUGGCUUUUCAUGGCCUACCACUGAAAAUCAAGAAAGAACCCCACAGUCCAUGUUCAGAACUCGGCUCUGCCUGCAGUCAAGAACACCCCUUUAAAUUCAGCUAUGGAGAAAAGUGCCUGUACAAUGUCAGUGCCUAUGAUCAGAAGCCACAAGUGGGAAUGAGGCCCUCCAACCCCCCAACACCAUCCAGCACUCCAGUGUCCCCACUACAUCAUGCAUCUCCAAACUCAGCUCACACUCCGAAACCUGACCACGCCUUCCCAGCUCACCUCCCUCCGUCACAGUCCAUGCAAGACAGCAGAUACCCCAUGGAUCACAGGUUUCGCCGCCAGCUUUCUGAACCCUGUAAUUCCUUUCCUCCUUUGCCAACAAUGCCAAGGGAAGGACGUCCUAUGUACCAACGGCAGAUGUCUGAGCCCAACAUCCCCUUCCCACCUCAAGGCUUUAAGCAGGAGUACCACGACCCAGUGUAUGAACACAACACCAUGGUUGGUGGCGCACCCGGCCAAAGCUUCCCCCCACCUCUGAUGAUUAAACAGGAACCCAGAGAUUUUGCAUAUGAUUCAGAAGUGCCUAGCUGCCACUCCAUCUAUAUGAGGCAAGAAGGCUACCUGGCUCAUCCCAGCAGAACAGAAGGCUGUAUGUUUGAAAAGGGCCCCAGGCAGUUCUAUGAUGACACCUGUGUUGUCCCCGAGAAAUUCGAUGGAGACAUCAAGCAAGAGCCAGGAAUGUACCGGGAAGGCCCCACCUACCAGCGGCGGGGAUCCCUUCAGCUCUGGCAGUUUUUGGUAGCUCUUCUGGAUGACCCCUCAAAUUCCCAUUUCAUUGCCUGGACCGGGCGAGGCAUGGAAUUCAAACUGAUUGAGCCCGAAGAGGUGGCCCGGCGUUGGGGCAUUCAGAAAAACAGGCCAGCUAUGAACUAUGAUAAACUUAGCCGUUCGCUCCGCUAUUAUUAUGAGAAAGGUAUCAUGCAAAAGGUGGCCGGCGAGAGAUACGUCUACAAAUUUGUGUGUGAUCCAGAGGCCCUCUUCUCCAUGGCCUUCCCAGACAACCAGCGCCCACUGCUCAAGACGGACAUGGAGCGCCACAUCAACGAGGAGGACACCGUGCCCCUGUCCCACUUCGACGAGAGCAUGGCCUACAUGCCCGAGGGGGGCUGCUGCAACCCCCACCCCUACAGCGAAGGCUACGUGUACUAGGAACACACGGGACAGUCGGCGGGGCCCUCUCCCACGGCCCCCUCUCUGGAAGAGGCUGAGAAUCUCUGCAUUCUCUCCAGUCUUGGUUGGAUUUUCCUUGUUUGUAUUUUAUUUUUGAAUAAUAAUAAUACACACAGAGGGGCUUUUCCUGUUGCAUUGUUCUACUAUGGUCUGCCAUGGACUGCGCACUUUAUUUGUGGGUGGGUGGGAGUGAUCUAAACACUUGUUGUGUGUAACAGGAAGAUAGAGGGUGAAGGGGUGGGCGGGGGGAGUGGGGAAUUCCUUUUUACUCCGGCUUGGGAGGGGGUCCUACAGGUUUUAAGUAUGAGGAACCUAUAUCAUGUCCAUCUGAUUUCAUAACAACGUAAGGAAAUGUUUGUGUUCUCUGGGUAUCUAUGGUACAGUUAAUUCACACUGUGUAAAUAUCCACAUGGAGACCAUCUGCCUAGGGCAUCCUCCCCUACCAUUUCUGAGUCUCUGCAAGGUAUACAAAAAAAAUCUACUGUAAGUGGCCGUUUAAUGUUAGCAAUGACUGUAUUUGCACCUCUUGUAGAAAGGUAUUUAGAGAUUGCAUUUGCUGUUUAUUGUUUUGUUUUUGCUUUAUAUUGGACACCCAGAGGGUGACCACAAAAUGGGUAAUCUCUCUGCAGUUGAGUCAUCACCGUGACUGUCAAUGAGAGACACAACUUUGGACUCUGGCUCCGAACUGAGUCACAGGCCAGUAGCAUUACAUGUAUCUGGUGCCACCUUGCUAUUUAGGUACGAGUCAGACUGUUGUUCCAAUGUUUUGAAGCCCACUUCAGUUAAAUAAUGAUCCAUCAUGGACCUUGGGACUUUCAUUUAAAUGUUAAAUCUGGGAUCACAAUGAAGCAAAAAAAAAAAAAAAAAGGAAAAAAAAAUCUGUCUUUUCAUUUAUUUUAGUACAUGGAAACAUUAUUUAAUCCGUAAGAAUUAACUGUACUAAAUCACAUAUUAUGCUGUUCUAGGUACGGCAGGCACUCCUUAAGAAAAAUAUCCAGUACACUACAUAGGUACUAUAGUAAUUUUUAGAGAUGGUACCCAUGGAUAUGCAUUUAAACCUUUUACUGCUGUGUUAUGUUGAUAACAUAUAUAAAUAUUAGAUAAUGCUAAUGCUUCUGCUGCUGUCUUUUCUGUAAUAUUAUCUUUCAUGCUGAAUUUACUAUGACCAUUUAUAAGCAAUGCAGUUAACUACAGAUAGCAUUUCAGGACAAAAUAGAUGACUCAAACCAUUUAUUGCUUAAAAAAAAUGGCUUACACCAUGCUAUGCUAUAAGCCACUUUUAUGCACAUUGACAAAUGAAGAGUAAGCUUCAGCUUGCUAAGGGAAACUGUGGAAACUUUUGUAACUUUGGUGAAAUGGAAAAUGAUUUGCAAACUGUCAAAAAGUAUCUGAGGAAGUUGCUGUGUGACAUAGUGCUGGCACUGAUAUCUGUCCCUCCUCUUGUUUUGGACACUUGUGUAAAUGUGAUUGGAUUAUUUGAAAGAAGAUUUAAAGAUUUAAAGUUCCAAAGAUUUUUUGCUUUGUUUUUGUUUCUGCAUUUGGAGAAAAUAUUUAAAGCAGGUUGUGUUGUACCAUUCUCCUUGAAAAAACCAUAAGUAAAUGGUUUUAUAUCAUCUCUGAAUAGCUUGCUAAACAAUUCAGGCAAGAAAUGUAAAUUUUGUUCAAUCCACUCAUAUCCCAGAGGAACAUUUUUAGAGUCUAUAUCAAAAUGUUAAAAAAAAAAAAAAAUUCUUACACACAAAUCUGAAAUCAACCUCUAAAAGCAUUUUACCAAGCACAGGAAAGAUUGGUAAAGAUAAAAUCUCCUGGCUACCCAUUUUCCCACACAUCUCUGAAUCAAUAUUAUUUACACGUAUUCCUACAAAAACUUCUAAUUUCAACAUAUGUAUGUAACCUGUGAUUAUUCUACACAUACAUUCUAUAUCAUUAGACCCAAUUGUGGGCUAAUAAGUAUGCCUUAAAAAUCAAAACCCUCUCUCCUCCCUGCCAUGCUCAUGUGGCCAUUUAAUAAAAAACAGAUUUUAAAAUAUUCAGCUAAAGUUUUAUUGGAAAGAGAAUUGACAUAUUUGGAGAAAUUGAAAGUGGAUCUUUAAAAUAUGAUGUAAAUGAAAAUGGUAUUGAGGAUUGUUUCUUUUAUUUUCUCUAUUUCUUUUUCUUUUUUUUUUUCUUCUUAAAAUUCUAUAGUUUGCCAGUAGGGAGGAUUGGGCUAUGAGUUAUCUUAAGGAAUCAAUGGAAAAAUUGGUUGUAAUUAUAUACUAUUUAAGGAUAAACUAUAUAUUUUGCUGUUUAAGGUAGUGACUCACUGAAUGAAAUAAGUAAUUGGCCAACAUUGAAGAUAUUUCUAAUACAGAAGGAUUUAAAACAUUGCAUUAUGAACUUUUGGGGGAAUGAAUCUAAAAAUUUUAUUUUUAAGUUCUGUUCUUAUUCUAAUUUUGUUUGGUUGUAUUUUUAUUUUCAGAUAGAUUAAUAAAUCUGGCAGCUGAUUUCUGUAA